AUGAUCGGCCAUGCGCGUCUAGUGCGCCAGAUCCAUCGCCUAAUCGGCACAACUGAUGGUUUCCUCGCUGGACAUGGAAGAAGAACUCCCCAGACGCGCUUCAGCUCAUCUUUGACCGCGCCGCCUAAUUUUUCGGAGACCCCCGACGAGGCGGACAGGGCAACUUACGGAAGACGCACUCGCAAGGAGUACUGGUUUAGCCCGGAUUUGAAGUCCCCCAGUGUGGAGCUCCCAUCCGGAAAGCAAUGCUUUGUUUUCAACGCAAAGAGAGACCAAGACGGGGAGCUAGAACCUGUCCUGUGCUUCGUGGAUAGGCAAGGGAGACGACUGAUGUGGAUGGACGCGGAGGAACUUCGUGAAUUUGAAAAGCUGAUACCUCGUCUUGAAGAAUACUUCAAGCUAUGCUCAACGGAUGAGCUUAGCGGGCCCGCACCCGACGCUUCAAACGACUGA